AUGGAUUCAACACAGUCAUCAGGUGCUGGCGGCAGAGUCAAGAGGAAGCAGUCCGGAAACAAGACGAAAACCCUACCCUGCCCUCAUUGCCAGCGACUCUUCGCUCGACUGGAGCAUCUCCAAAGACACAUUCGCACCCACACAAAAGAGAAACCGUUCGUCUGCGACAUCUGUUCCAAGACCUUUGCCCGCAGCGACCUCCUGGUACGCCACGAGAGACUCGUCCAUCCGGGCGAAGAAGACCAACAUAUCACAAGAAAGUCUCACAAACAUCAUCUUCAAAAUGCACACAGUGCGUCAAAGGCUGCAUCGGUCCCACAUGCGCGGCCCCUUUCAUCCGAUCCCAUGGACAUUGCGCCGCAGCAGAACCAACCUUUGCUGUCGCCACAAGCACCGCACGAAGGGAGAGGGAUGAUGGAUAUGUUGGAUCCUCAGCUCAUGCAACCCACCAAUGGACUGCAUUCAGUCGAUGGCAUGCCCUCACACCAAACGUCUGUCAUGGGCGCUCCUCCUCUGGAUCCUUCAUGGGGCUAUGAUUUGAAUCUGCUAUCUCAUGCUGCCAGUCACGUCGCUUCAAGUGGCCAAGAUCAUUACAUGUCCGAUCUGCCACAGGUGACACAAGAACAGCUGAAUGAACCACUCCAACAGAUCAUGCCCGCGGUUUCAGAAGGACAAUAUCCCCCCCGAAUGCUGACAGAAGGGUACGGUCAACCCACGCCCAUGUUCGAACCUCCAGACCUAAGCGAUCCGAUGCAAGAUUUCACCGUGUUCCUUGACAGCGUUGGUCUAUCAUCCGAGUGGUACGCCAACAUGUUUGGAAAUGAUCAGGUCGACGCUUAUCACUCACCUGAGCUAAGAGGCGACCACCUCAAUAUCUCGAGACCUCAUUUGAAUGGUGAGCAUUCCACCGACAGUAAGCUUGGUGUUCCACAAGAAGAAACGAGCACGUUUUCUCGAUUCGGAUCAAGGUUACCAUCCCUACAACCAGAGUCUAGAGAACCUGACUUCAAUCGACCAGAACCACGAAGCGCGGUCGAAGACCCAGAAGCCAUUAAAGUCAGAACUACUUGGGACGUCUCUGACGCGGCCCGAUCGGUUUUUGCAUCCAAGCUGGCCACAUUCGACCCCGUCAUGCCCAAAGGAUUUAUUCCACCAUCCAGACAUUCCCUCUCACGCUAUUUGGCGGGCUAUGUCAACGGUUUCCACGAACAUUUACCGUUCAUACAUGUGCCGACACUACAAGUGGCGGCCAGUGCUCCAGAGUUGGUUCUGGCAUUGGCCGCUGUAGGAGCACAAUACCGAUUUGAGAACAGUCGAGGAAUAGAAUUGUUCUAUGCUGCUAAAGCGGUCGUGAUGGAACAAAUCAGACGGCGCGACGAAUUAGCAAUUCCUCAUUCAUGGAAUCGACCCCGAACCGGCUCGAUGGCCCAAUCUCCCAGUGGAGGCUUCACCAGCCAAAGUCAUUCGAGCAGUCCGUUUCAACACGUCUCUCCAGAAACCGCCGUCGUCACGGAUAGCAAAGAACAGAUGGAUUCCAUACAAGCACUACUCCUCCUGACCGCUUUUGCGACGUGGGAAAGACAUACAGAAUUACUUCGGGAAGCUUUGGCCUUCCAGAGUAUUCUUGCGCGGCUGGUUCGAGAGUCAGGCCUUGCCAGUCCUGAAAUCAUAUCAUCAUCAGAAGAACUGACGUGGGAGGAUUGGAUCCGGUCGGAAGGAGAGAAGCGGACUAAAUUGAUUGUCUAUUGCUUUUUCAACCUCCAUUCAAUAACGUGGAACGUUCCUCCACUCAUUCUGAAUUCCGAAGUCAAGCUGAAUUUACCGGACCCGGCCAACGAGUGGAAAGCGACAACCGCCGAGCAAUGGAAGAAACUACAUCAAGCGAAUGCCGCUCCUCAGAUGCCUUUCCAAACGGCCUUUGCCAGACUUUUUAACAAACAGAGUCCAUCAACCGCUACGCCCAUCUCACCUCUUGGGAAUUACAUUCUCGUCCACGCGCUCAUUCAACAAAUUUUCUUCGCUCGACAGCUUUCUCUAGCAUGGCCCGGCGUAGCAGGGUCCAGUCUGAGAAUGGAAGACAUAGCUAUUCUCGACCGAGGCCUGAGCUCCUGGAAAGCAGGGUGGAAGCGAGCGCCCGAAUCGAGUCUGGAUCCUCAGAAUCCGAAUGGACCAGUUGCAUUCACGUCUACGGCACUGUUGGGCCUCGCGUACAUCCGACUUCAUGUCGACAUGGGCCCGCUCCGUCAUCUCGAGACCAGAGACGCCACUCAAAUCGCAACAUCUCUCUUUCACACUCCAGAUCUUCGGCGUGACCCUCGCUUGACGCCGGCCCUCCUCCACUCCGCCCAUGCCCUAUCCAUACCCGUCCGACUAGGCAUCGACUUUGUCGCCCGCACUCAAACCUUCUUCUGGUCCAUCCAACACUCCCUGUGCAGUCUAGAAUGUGCAUUCCUCCUCAGCAAAUGGCUCGCAGUGCUCUCCCGUCUGAAAACUGAAGGUGGUGCUCCCGUCACAGAGCACGAGCGCAAACUCCUCCUCUGGGUCCGCAGUCUCCUUGACGAGACAGAGAUGACGGUCCCUCUCAACGGUGAUGCGAAUAAUCACACCGUCCUUAACGAGAGUCGCGAACUACUGGACGACACACACAAGAUGCGCGCCUUGAGUGUCGCGGUGGUGAGGGUCUGGAGCAAGACGUUCAAGGGAAAUACCAGUUGGGCCAUCGUCGAUAUGAUCGGCUCGGCAUUGGAGUUGUAUGCCGAUAUGUUGGAAGGGGAAUUAUUUCGGUAG